GUGAAAUUUACUAAAACGGAGGUGGUAAAUGACUCAUAAGUGCUCAUAUAAAGCUGUAUCGUAUAUAAGAACCAAAACGGUAAAUAAUAAAGUCAAAUAAAAAAACAACCAUUGCAUUUAUUUCUUUUUAUUGCGUGCUGAAUCAUCAAGAUAUUUAAUAGUCAAUCGAAUGAUAUUAUUUAAAAACGUAACAUUUAAUAUUCUCCUUAUUAGACUAAAAUGUGUGAUGAAGAACAGCAUUUCACUCAAAUUGAAUCUAAUCAAACGGAAUUCCAGCUAUCUUUAUCGGAUCUUCCAAUCGAGAUAUUUCUUCACAUUUGUUCCUUCCUAGAUGCAUCUACAUUAGUACAUGGUUUGAGUUUAGUGUGUAAACAAUUUUAUCAAAUUUUAAAUGACAAUUCAUUAUGGAAAGCGAGGAUUAGUCAAAUUUGGCCAGAUACUGGUUAUCCAGUCUUGCCUCCUGCUGAGGAUGAUGAAUUAUUUUGGAAAUUAUCAUGUGUUGCAUUGGAAAAGCAAACAUCAUUAUGGAGAAGAAAAGAUUAUAUGGAGAAAUUAUCACUUAGUAAUGUGCAAUACAGUACUAUUGAUGGCUUAUUAUUAAUGCAGGAAGGAAAUAUUUGCAUAUCAGGAGCUAGAGAUCGAUCUUUGGUAUGUUGGAAACUUUCUACAAAAGAAAAUGAAAGAGAGAGUCACACAUGCAUAGAUUUUGCUCAUGAUGGAUGGAUUUGGGAUUUAGCAGCAAUAGAUAAUACAGUCUAUAGUUGUAGUUGGGAUCAAAGUGUUAAAGCAUGGACACUUACUAACACUGGUCUCAUUCACUUCAAAACUUAUGAGAUGCUCGUAUCAGGUGCUUUAUUGUGUGUUGCAUCUUGCCAAGAUUUAGCACUCUUUGCGACGGGAUCAUUUUGUAAAACUAUUUUAGUAUUUGAUCCGAGAUUAAAUUAUAAACCUAUUAUAAAAUAUCGACCACAUAAAAGAGCAGUCAUUAGACUAGCUAUGAGUUCUCAUUUUAUUUUAUCUGCAAGUGAAGAUAGAACAGUAUCUAUAUGGGAUCAAAGAGCAGGAAGAACUAUGAAAAAUGUUACAAUUUCUCAGGAAUCAUUUCCUAUGAGUAUGAGUAUGGAAAAGGACAUAGUUUAUGUGGGAGAUGGUAGUGCAAAAUUACAUGUACUUGAUCCAAAAAAGAAUUUUGAACCAGUUAAAUGUUACACUACUGAACAUAAAAAAGGUAUUAAUGGUGUCCAUAUUGCACCAGGAUGUUUACUCACAAGUUCUAUGGACAAAACAGUUAGAAUUUCCAGUCCUACUGAUCCUCCACAACAUCUUACUACUUUAAAAUCUAAUUAUGGCGAAAUUGCUAGUACAGAUUAUUUAAAUGAUGUUCUUGCUGUUUCUGGUACAGAGGGAAUCGAAAUUUGGAGACCAAAAUCACGAAUACAAUGUGCAUAAAAAUGUCAAUAACUAAUGACUUCUAUAAACAUUUCGCUUUUAUAUACUGUAUACAUCUUAAAUUUUAAUAAAUGAAUAAAUAAUAAAAAUAUAUAUAAUUUAAUAAA